AUGCCUUCCCGAGAAGACGGCCUUGCUGGUCCACCCAAUGGGCAACGGGUUCAGACCAAUGGUACCGCUACCACCUCAGGAGGAAUCCCUCCCAUCGCGAUAUGUGGCAUGUCCCUUCGUCUUCCUGGCGGAUUAGGGAGUCCACAGCACCUAUGGGACUUCUUGAUGGCCAAGGGUGAUGCCCGGAGCCGCGUACCAGAGUCACGGUACAAUAUAUCGGCAUACCACUCUCUAUCAAAGCGGCCCGGCACAAUUGUGGCAGAGUACGGUUAUUUCCUUGAUGAGAGUGUUAAGCUUGGCGCGCUGGAUGCGUCACGCUUUUCGCUCAGUCGCGCCGAGCUUGAAGCUGCUGAUCCCCAGCAGCGGCAGAUGUUGGAAGUUGUGAGAGAGUGCUUCGACGAUGCUGGCGAACUCAAUUUCAAGGCCCAGCCUAUUGGAUGCUACAUGGGAUGCUACGGUGAGGACUGGCUAGAGUUACAAAAUAAAGACCCUCAGCAAAAUGGGGUGAACAGGGUGGAUGGCUAUAGCGACUUUAUGCUAUCGAAUCGGAUCUCCUACGAAAUGGACCUACGCGGGCCGAGUAUGACUAUCCGCACCGCUUGUUCGUCAGCGCUAGUUGGUCUUAAUGAAGCUUGUCUGGCAAUUCAACGAGGUGAUUGCAAGGCAGCCGUAAUCGGUGGUUCCAACCUGAUAUUUGCACCGGGAGUGACGGCAUUCAUGACAGAAAAAGGUGUUCUGUCUCCCGAUGGUUCCUGCAAAACCUUCUCUUCUGACGCAAACGGGUACGCGAGAGGUGAAGCCAUCACGGCUGUGUUCGUCAAACCACUAGAUGCUGCCCUUCGAGACGGGAAUCCAAUCCGUGCUGUGAUUAGGUCAGUCAUGUCCAACAGCGACGGGAGAACGCCAGGCAUCUCGCAUCCCAGUACCGAGAGUCAGGAGGCAUUGAUCAGGAAAGCAUAUGAGGCGGCUGGCAUCGCGGAUUUCUCCAAAACUGCCUUCAUAGAGUGCCACGGGACCGGCACCCCAACGGGAGACCCGGUUGAAACAAAUGCCGUGGCGAGGGUCUUUGGGGACUCCGGUGUAUUUAUUGGAUCAGUAAAGCCAAACUUGGGCCAUUCGGAAGGCGCGUCAGGUCUCACAUCUUUGAUCAAGGGAGUACUAGCUCUUGAGAACCGUACCAUCCCACCCAAUAUCAAGUUCUCGGCUCCUAACCCGAAGAUUCCUUUUGCAGAGGGCAAGUUGACUGUGCCUGUGGAGCCGACGCCUUGGCCCGAAUCACGAUGGGAGCGUGUCAGUAUCAACUCAUUUGGAGCUGGAGGAUCCAAUGCGCACGUCAUUCUAGAUUCUGCUCGGAGUUUCCAAAUCCCUGACCCUACACCAGAUGCUUUACUCGCCGGUCCACAAUUGUUGCUUCUCUCUGCCAGCUCCACAGCAUCUUUGCAAAAGAUGGCCAAUAAUUUCCAAGAUUGGGUCCCUCAACACCAGGAUCAGCUUCGAGACCUUGCCUACACUCUUGCAAACCGAAGGGAGCAUCUUCCCCAUCGGGCUUUCCUGGUGGCUGGUAGAGAUCAAGACGGCACCCCAUCACCAGGCAGGAAGGUGCCAAAUCCAUCCCCGAGUCUUGCCAUGGUCUUCACCGGGCAAGGUGCUCAAUGGGCACGUAUGGGGCGGGAGUUCCUCCUUCGCCCAGACUUCGGUUUCCAAAACACCAUCAGGACUCUUGACAAUUAUCUGAAAGCUGCACCUGAUGCUCCCGAGUGGACAUUGGAAGAAGAGCUCCUCAAACCUGCUAUGACUUCACGGGUUCAAGCAGCCGAACUCUCUCAACCAUUGUGUACUGCUGUUCAGAUUGCUUUGGUGGACCUCUUCGCCGCUGUGGGAGUAACCCCCACUGCAGUGGUGGGGCACAGUAGCGGCGAGAUUGGUGCCGCCUACGCUGCUGGAGCUUUAACAGGGAGAGAAGCCAUCAUUGCAGCCUGGCUGCGAGGCCAGGCUGCACAGAGGCAAAAAAGACCCGGCGCCAUGGCCGUGAUAGGGCUUGGUUGGGAUGAAGUCAGCAGCUUCAUAGCUCCUCCCAAAGUUGUUGUCGCCUGCGAAAAUUCGCCCAAGAGCGUCACUAUCUCUGGAGACGCAAGUGAAGUCCAAACAACUGUCGAGCGGAUUAGAAAUGAGCAUCCAACGGUGACAGCAAGGCUACUUAAAGUCGACAAGGCCUAUCACUCGUAUCACAUGCGCGAGAUUGGUAACGACUAUUAUUCCCUCAUCAGCAGGGAUUUGGUAGGGAAGCCGCCGGUGAAACCUUUCUUCUCCAGUGUCACUGGCAAACAGGCACAAAAUUUUUCUCUUGAUGCGACAUACUGGCAAAGGAACCUAGAAUCCACCGUGCUUUUCCGUGCAGCUGUCUCCGAUCUACUUGAACAUGUUGAGAACGUUGCCUUCUUGGAGGUCGGGCCACACCCUGCUCUCGCAGGACCCGUGAGACAAAUCCAGUCUACGGGGGAUCUUUCAAACCGAGCACCGUAUAUAGCGGCCAUGUCCCGCGGUGAAAAUUGUGUGGAAACGUUCCUGACUGCUAUUGGAAAGCUUUUCGAGCUGAACGUGCCGGUCAACUUGAACGCACUCUACCCAACUGGAUCUUGUCUCCCAGGCCUGCCACAGUACCCCUGGGACCACAGCGUUGACUACUGGCGCGAAUCAAGAAUUUCACGUGAAUGGAGAUGUCGCAAGUAUCCUAGUCAUCCUCUUCUGGGUGAACGCCAGCUCGAAAGUACCAGCCUUGAGCCUAGCUGGCGAAAUAUCCUUCGAGUUGAUGACGCCGGCUGGCUUCGAGACCACAAAAUCGAGGACAACAUCAUUUUUCCGUGUGCGGGCUACAUAGCUAUUGUCGGCGAAGCGGUCAAACAAGUCAGUGAAUCUCAAGGUAGCUAUACUUUACGACGCGUUGUGCUCAGCUCAGCCCUGGUCCUGAGCGAUGCAACACCCACUGAAGUGGUUACAACAUUUCGCCCCCAUCGUCUGACCGAUUCUCUUGGUAGCCAGUGGUGGAAUUUCACCAUAGCCUCAUACAAUGGCAAUAUGUGGACAAAGCACUGCACAGGCCAAGUUUCCGGUACUGUGGCUGAGAAGAGUCAGACCCAAAAUGCAGCAUUGAAGACUUCUCUGCCGCGAAAAUUGAAAGCAAAAAAGUACUACGACAUCUUGGGUCGCGCUGGCUUGCUAUUUGGUCCUCUCUUCCAGCAGCUUACUGACAUUCAAACGGGUACCAUACAAUCUUUCGCGAGAGCGAAAGUGUCUGGUGACAAGGCUGGAGACGAACAGUAUUACCAUCUACACCCCACAGUCAUUGACGCAUGUAUUCAGUCAGCUUCUCUUGCCGGCCUAAGAGGGAGUGUGCAAGCAAAGGAUUACAGACGAGUUCCUACUAAGAUUGAGCGGGUGAUUAUAUGUCAAUGCCUCGCCAGUGUCGACGACAUGCAGGUGAUGGCCUCGGCAGCAUUUGUAAAAGGCAAUGGCGACGUGGUUGGUCAAGUGCAACAAUGUAUUGCGGACGGCAAAAUUGUCAUGCACAUGGAAGGCUUGAAACUCUCGCCUCUAGAAGAGGCCGCUGAGGUAGGAGGAAUUAAUGGCCUUCAAACUACAGCACGAGUUACAUGGGGGCCACACAUCGACUUCUUAAAUGCAGCAACUCUGAUCAAGCCAUCGUUUCCUCGUCAUGUGUACACACCAUCCUUGGAUGUGCUGGCUCGACUAUGCAUGGUAUACGCCAAUCGACGCAUCAAGGAGGCUCACACUUCGUUGUCUCAUAUGUCCAUGUACCGCGACUGGAUUAACCUACAGGUGGAAGCUAUGAGCCUUGACGAAAAAUUGUCAUCCUUCACAGCAGUUGAUGAUGUUUUCAUCAUGGAUGGGAUUCAAAGCCUUGUGCAAAACCUGUCAGAGACGCCAGUCAUUGACUGUGCUCUCGCCCUCCAGAAAGUGGCCACCGACAUCUCAGCAUUAUUCUCAGGUGAAAUUGAGGCACUAGAUAUCCUUAUAGCUGAUGACACGCUUUAUAAACUAUACGUCGUCAUCGACGCCUGCGACCGAUCCCAGUUCAUGCGACACCUGGCCCAUAGCAAGCCCAACCUUCGUAUCCUGGAGAUUGGAGCAGGCACAGGCGCGACGACGGCCAGCGUGCUCAAGCUUUUGACCUCAUCGGGCUCUUCUACUUCCGGGGGACCGCCUCUGUACUCAAAGUAUACAUUUACCGAUAUCUCAUCUGGUUUCUUCGUGGCUGCCAAGAAACGUUUCAAAGACGAACAGAAUAUCGAGUAUCGCGUGCUUGAUAUCAGUGCAGACCCCGCCGAGCAGGGUUUCGACGGUGAGAAGUACGAUUUGAUUCUUGCCACCAAUGUUAUUCAUGCGACAAAGUAUAUCGGCGAAACCCUAAAGAAUGUCCGCAAACUACUCAACCCGACUGGCCGAUUGCUUCUUCAUGAACUUAAUUCCCCCUCUAAGUGGCCCAACUUUAUCUUGGGCACUCUACCGGGCUGGUGGCUUGGUGGGCCGGAUGGAAGACCCGACGAGCCGUAUGUAUCACCGGCCUGCUGGGAGUUGGAGCUGAAACGCGCCGGCUUUGCAAGCUUAGAUGCAGUUGUCCUCGAUGGCGAAGAGCCGUAUCAUUUGAAUGCUAUCAUGGUUGCAAAACCGGAGGUCGAUAACGUUUUGACAUAUCAGAAGAAGACAGUUAGUCUGCUGUGUGAAGCCACUGAUGACAGCCACGCAGACUGUCUUUCUCACCAGCUCAAAGGCAGGGGAUAUGGGGUCCAGGUAUUUCGGCUCGGGGACGAGCUUCCAAAAUCUCAGGACAUAAUCUCCCUACUCGAUUGUAGUCGUCCUUUCUUUGAAGGUAUUGAUGAGCCUAGGUUUCAAGCUUUUCAGCAUCUUUUGGAUAACCUUGGUCAGUCAAGUCUGCUAUGGGUCACUCACCUGUCUCAAGUGCAAUGUCCCGAUCCCAGCUUUGCCCAGGUCAUUGGUGCUGCCCGCUCGAUUCGCACGGAGAUGUUGUUGGAAUUCGCUACGUGUGAAGUGGAUGAUAUUCUUUCAUCACUUGACAAAAUAGUCGACGUUUUCGCCAAAUUCCAGGCAAGAGAGGAGGAUGAAUCCCUUAAGCCCGACUAUGAGUAUGCUAUUGUGGACGGUACCGUGUGUGUAGGAAGAAUUUACCCUUUCUCGCUAAAGGAGGAGCUCUUCUCGGUGACCAGUCCAGAAGACCGGUUAUUUCUUGACAUGGAAAAGCCCGGCCAUCUGACUUCUCUGAAGUGGAGUUCUCGGAAAGGAAGGCAACUGAUCGGUGACGAAGUCGAUGUUGAUAUCUAUGCUGUCGGCUUGAACUUCAAAGAUGUCUUGGGCGGGUUGGCAGUCGUUCCGUUCUCGGAAGAAGGCCUUGGAUUCGAAGCAAGCGGGAUUGUUCGCCAUGUUGGCCCUGAAGUGAAGAGGUUAACCCCCGGUGACCGGGUCAUGCUUCUGGGAGAUGGUUCUUUCUCGACUCAUAAUAUUACCUCCGAGCGGCUAUGUGCGAAGAUUCCUUCACUCUUAACCUUCGAAGAUGCAGCAACAUUGCCGGCCGUGUUCGCUACCGCAAUAUACUCGAUGUUCGAUAUUGGCGGCUUGCAGGAAGGACAGUCGAUUCUUAUCCACAGUGCAUGUGGUGGUGUGGGACUCGCUGCUAUCCAGCUUGCGCGGAUGGUGGGAGCUAAAAUAUAUGCCACCGUCGGUAGUGACGAGAAGGUGAGAUAUUUGAGGGAGACAUUUGGCCUGCCUAUAAACCGGAUAUUUAACUCCCGAGAUGCGAGCUUUGAGGAGGGAGUCAUGCGCGAAACGCAGAACCAGGGAGUAGACUUGGCUCUGAAUUCCCUUUCUGGGGAGCUUUUGCAUGCGACCUGGAGAUGCAUCGCCGAAUUUGGCAAGAUGGUUGACAUCGGAAAACGCGAUAUGCUAGGCGCUGGUCAGCUUGAUAUGGACGUCUUUCUUGGCGGCCGAACCUAUUCUUGCGUCUAUUUGGACCAGCUCAUGGCCAAGCGACCAUCUACAUGCAAGCGACUUCUCCUAUCUAUCCUGGAAUAUUUCCAGGCUGGUCACAUCACGCCGAUUAGACCUAUCGCGACUUUUGAUGCCAGUUUAGUUGAGGGUGCGUUUAGACAAAUGCAACAAGGCACACAUAUUGGCAAACUUGUCAUCUCCGUGCGAAACGUUGAAGGGAGCGCCAAAAUCGACACGGCCUCUGUGAAAAUGGCGAUGAGAGUAGAAUUAGACUCCACAGCAUCCUACUUACUCGUUGGAGGGCUUGGUGGCCUAGGACGAGCAGUGUCGCGACGCCUUGUAGAGCACAACGCUCGCCGUCUCGUCUACCUAUCACGGAAUGUCGGACUAGGUCCGGACGACAAAGACUUUGUCCGAGAGCUGGAGAGCUUGGGAUGUGAAGUUCAACUCAUCAAAGGCAGUGUUACUAGCGAGGCUGAUGUGACGCGGGCCAUCAAACAAGCACCCAACCUGAAAGGCAUCGUGCAAUGUUCGAUGGUGCUUCGGGACCAAGCUUUUUCGAAAAUGAGCUUAGACGAAUGGAAAGCAGCUGUUGAGCCGAAAGUCCAAGGAACGUGGCACCUUCACAAUGCGACAGAGGCAGCAGGGGUGGCCCUCGACUUCUUUGUGCUUUUCUCUUCCAUGUUUGGAGUUACUGGGCAAGCCGGUCAGGCCAAUUAUGCCGGUGCAAACACCUUCCUCGACGCCUUUGUCCAGUAUCGGACCAGUCUCGGCCUUGCCGUCUCUGCCCUUGAUAUCGGAGCUGUCCAGGAUAUCGGAUAUGUUUCGCAGGACGAACCCCUGCUGAAGAGAAUGAAGUUGGCGAGCGCGCAUGUAAUCACGGAAUCGGAGUUGUUGGAUGCAGUUAUUGCCACAAUUUCAUUUUCCUCGAUGGACAACGCAAAAGCCGAUGGCAUAUGGGGAACAACGGGUUUCGUUGAUAAAAAAACGCUCAUCCUCGGUCUAGGAACGGUCAUCCCGUUGAGCAGUCCGGAAUGCCGGGCGUUCUGGAGAAAAGAUCGACGAAUGGCUGUCUAUCAUAACUCCGUCAUCAAGCCGACUGUGAACGAGGCCCGCUCUGACCAGGGCAGUCUUCAAUCCUUCCUUGCGAAGGCCAAAACCGACCCUAAUAUCCUCGGAACCGACGAUACAGCGGCUUUUCUAGCGAGAGAAAUCGGGAACAAGCUUUUUAGCUUUUUGCUCAAGACGGGCGAGGAUUUGAACACCUCUCUCCCGCUUUCUCAGCUCGGUAUGGACUCGUUAGUGGGGGUGGAAAUGCGUACUUGGUGGAAACAGGCGUUCAGUUUUGACAUUACCGUGCUUGAGAUGAUGGGAAUAGGUAACCUUGACGGUUUGGGGAAGCAUGCGGCUAUGGGACUAUUGAAGCUGCUCGGGGAUGACUCUUCUUAG